CGGAGGAGCGGCCCCCGCUGGAAGACAAGGCCCCUGUGACCUUGCUGCGCAUGCGCCUGCAGUGACCCCGGCUUGAGGUGACGGCGCGAGCUGAGGCGGGGGCCCUUGGCGCGGAGGUUGAGGGACCCGCCGCGGCGCUGUCGCCGGAGAGGGAGGGCACCGCUGCCGUCGGCCAGAAGCCAAGGAGCCCUCAGUGACUGUGGGAUCCAAGACAUUAUAUCGCUGUCCCCACCGAGCCAGGGAAGUGCCAACACCAGCUCAGACAAGGAUGGAACCGCUGAACUCCAGGUUGCUUGCCUGGGAGUAGGAGAAAUCCACCUGCUGGGGGCUGAGCGUGGCCUGAGGGACAGGCCCUGGGUCCAGGGAUGCCCCUGCCCGAGCCCAGCGAGCAGGAGGGUGAGAGUGUGAAGGCUGGCCAGGAGCCGUGCCCCGAGCCAGGCACAGAAGUCGUCCCGGCAGCCCCCAGGAAGCCCAGAAAGUUCUCCAAACUGGUCCUGCUCACAGCCUCCAAAGACAGCACCAAGGUGGCGGGGGCCAAACGCAAGGGCGUGCACUGCGUCAUGUCCCUGGGGGUGCCCGGCCCUGCCACCCUUGCCAAGGCCCUCCUCCAGAUCCACCCCGAGGCCCAGCGGGCCAUUGAGGCAGCCCCUCAAGAGCCUGAGCAGAAACGCAGCAGGCAGGACCCAGGCACAGAUAGAACAGAAGACAGUGCAUUAGCAGCGGGGCCUCCUGAGGCUGCUGGGGAGAACUCCGCCCCCUGCCCUGUGGCACCUGGCAAGUCCCUGUAACGUUGACGACAGCGCAUCCUCCCAGGCCACCAAUCCGGCCAUAGGCUCUUCUCUGUCCGCAGGGCUUCUGGGGCCCAAUCGGUGAAUCUUUGCUUUCAACAUUGUGUAAUUUCUUUCUUUCUUUUUUUUUAGAUCAAGUAUAAGUUACUUUUAUAAGCAGAAAAGUACUUUCAAACAAGAAUAAAAGAAGCUGUUCGCUAGACCCCAUAAUGGGCAGGUUUUAAACA